GGUCGUACAAUUUUGACCAGGUUCCAUUUUUUAUUUCUGAAUAAAGAUUGCGUUUUUUUUUUUGUUAUACGUUAUUCACUUGAAACGAGAGAGGAAGAGAGUUGGGAUCUGUUUGGUUCUUCGAUCGUAGACUCUAUACUUCGUCUUCAACCUCUGAAAAUUUUCUUGAAGUAAUCAACACAUCAUUAAACUUGAGAUGGAUAAUGAUAGUGAUUUCACCUUCUGUAAGGUUGGCCCGCCGGUUGAACCAGAUGGUCUUGAGACAAGGGAGCUUGCAGUAGAUAUAAACAAUAUCAGCAUUAAAGAUGGAUUAUCAACUGUUGGUGCAAGUGCUAGUGGUCAAAAUGGUGGUUUGCUGUGGAAAAGCAAUGUACCAAAUACUACGGUAUCUCAAAAACAAGAUAAGGUUGGUUCUUUAACUUUUAAUGUUAUUGAUGCCUCGUCUCCCAAACAAGCAAGUCAACCGUCGAAACAGCGAGUUUCUGGAGAUGUUGGGAAGAUAAAGAAGCCUGCAGCUCGUGCCAAGGUUCCUUUUGAGAAGGGGUAUAGCCAGGUCGAUUGGCUUAGGCUUACUCAAACGCAUCCGGAUCUUGCAGAUUUAAAGGGGCAAUCAAAUAAGAGGCUUAUUUCCAUGAAAGAAGUUAAACAACACCAAACAGAAGGUUCAAUGUGGACUGUUCUUAAAGGCCGGGUAUAUAAUUUAUCUCCUUACAUGAGAUUCCACCCUGGAGGUGUCGAUAUGUUAAAGAAGGCUGUGGGGAAAGACUGUACAGCUUUGUUCAAUAAAUACCAUGCUUGGGUAAAUGCUGAAUUCUUAAUGGAGAAGUGCCUUGUUGGGCUCUUAGAUGAGAGUGAAGUGAAGCAAGCAACACUGUGAUAAUAAGAAGCAGUUUUCGGCUUAAUAAAUACGCGAAAGAAAAACAAAGAAGCAAUAAUAAAGCAUGUUAGUUCAUCAAUGUAAAACCCAAUUUUUUCUAGACUUAAUACUAGUUGUAACUACUAUUAUUUAUACUUUGUGGCAUAUCUGUUGGAUGUUGUACAUCUCACAUCAAUAUAUGAUUAUUGAACAUUACAGAAUAUGAUAUUAUAGAUUCUCAAGAGCUGUUUUUAUC